GAAAAUAUGGUGUUUUUUAGAUAGGUUGAGUGCCUACAUUCUUUUAACGAAGCGACGUAUGCAUAAUGUGGAAUGUUUUUGUGAUAACUUUUUCGUGUUUGUUAUCGACUUGUUAUGGUAUUCGGGAAAGACAUAUCGAAUAUUACGUGAAUCAAUGGACUGCCAAAGUAAUCGGACAUUUGGAAACGGCGCAAGUAAUCGCCAAGACAGAAGGCUUAGAAGUUCGAGAAAUACCCGAAAUACCCGAGCUACUGUUAUUUGAACAUCCCAGACACCCAAAAGCAGCAGCUUACGAAAAUAAAAUGCUCACAGAGCGACUGGAAUCAUAUACCGAAAUCGUAUGGAUCAGACAAAUAUCAGCACAUAGACGUGAAACGCGUAGCAUAACAUGUCCAAGAACAGGCAUAACUUCAAGUACAUCCAGAUACUCGGAGGUUACCGUUGACAAAAGUUUUCGAGAACAAUGGUAUAUGCAAGAUUGUAGAGUUGAUUCAUCUCAGGGACCCACGUAUGACAUCAAUGUUAUUCCUGUUUGGUAUGAAGAAAAAUUACUCGGAUUUGGUAUAAAUGUUUUAAUCGUUGAUGAUGGAAUGGAAACACAACACCCAGAUUUAAGUCUAAAUUACAACCCUAGAUAUGGAUUGGAUUUGGUUGAUGGAUCAAAUUCACCUGAGCCAAAACAUAUAGAUCGAAUAUACAAUCAUGGCACGAAAUGCGCUGGAGUCGUUGGAAUGGUUAUAGAUAAUGGUGAAUGUGGAGUUGGAGUCGCUCCGAUGGUGACUUUAGGAGCCGUUAGAUUACUCGGAUAUAAACCGUCAAAUGAUUUACUGGAUGCAAGAGCCCUAAGUUUUCGAUCAGAUGAAGUACAUGUGAGUUCCAACUCCUGGGGACCAACGGAUGAUGGGAGAACAAUGGCCCCAAUAGGACCUCUAACGAAAGCAGCUUUAAAAGAUGGAGCUGAGAAGGGUCUUAAAGGGAAAGGAGUGGUGUACAUUUUCGCUGGAGGAAAUGGUAAAGUUAGAGGAGAUAAUUGUGGCUGUGAUCCGUUCGUCAGUAGCAUGCACACCAUAGCAGUUGCCAGUUGUAAUCAAUUAGGACGAAGAUCCAAAUAUUCAGAAAGAUGCGCCGCUAUUUUGGUCACAGCAUAUUCCGGAGAUAAGAUAAAUGCUUUCAAUGUCGUAAGCAGCGAUGCUUUUGGCCAGUGUACGAAUCAGCACAGUGGAACUUCAGCUGCUGCUCCACUCGUAGCUGGGGGAGCAGCAUUGGCUCGUGAAGCAAAUCAUAAUUUAAAAAAACGGGAUAUCGAGUACCUAAUAGUGCUGACUAGUGAAGUAGCUCCAUUAGAUAGUAAUACUGGCUGGCAACGAAAUGACGCCGGAUUUUGGGUCAGCCACGAUUUCGGUUUUGGCCUGGUCAAUAUCAGAGAAAUGGUUAAGUUGGCAAAAACAUUUCAAAAUGUUCCUGGUUUGGUGAGCUGUGUGGAAGAACCUCACCUAUCCCACGCGCUGUCCAUAACCUACGAGGAACCAUUAAGAAUAGAAAUAGUAGGUUCCGGAUGCGAAAAUGCAGUUAACGAAGUCAAUUAUUUGGAGCAUGUUCAAUUAGAUAUCACACUUUCAUAUUCAGUACGCGGAGAUCUUCAAAUUAAAUUAAUAUCACCUUCAGGCGUAGUGGCCCAUGUACUAGAGCCCAGACCGGAGGAUAGAAGCCCAGAUGGAAUAAGAGAGUGGACAUUUGAUUCUAUUCAAACUUGGGGAGAACCUGCAAAGGGAAAGUGGACUGUAGAAAUAGUUGAUGUGUCGGGAAGAUUAUCGAAUAAAGGAAAACUAGAGCAUAUCGCUUUAGUAUUCCAUGGAACGCGUGAAAUGCCGGACAUCUAUCGAACUCGAAGGACGUAUUACAGAUUCCGGGUGCCAAAUCAAACGCAUUUAAAAACCGACUAGUCGAAAAUCGUGAAAAGUUUGGUAUUACCUAUACCUAAUAACCCAUAAGUAUAUUACAUACAAGCCAACUGAGAAAUAUAUGUGGCAUAAGUCAUAAACAUUCAUUGCUGUAAGUUUCCCUUAAUGAUUAUUAUACUCGUAUUAUGUGUAAUUUUUUAGCUUGAAAAAAAAAACAUAAUGUACUCAAUACUCAUAUCUAAAUAGGUAUACGGCAUACACAUACGAGUAGGCACAU